CGCAAUGACGCGAGCGCCAGGCCAUAACCCCCCAUUUGGGCUUGGGCUGGACCCGGCGCCCACCCCGCCGCGGGCUGAGGUGAGUCGGUGUGGGGCGACUUGGCCGCAGAAGGCACUGAGCUCGACAUGGUCUUCUUGCUAUUCGGCGUGGUCUUGGCGGGGCCUUGACUCGGGGGGGGGGGAUGUCUUGGGCGCACCAGACCAUAGAGGGGCCUGCAUUUCUCCCUUGCUCGUGCUGUAUCCGAGGCCUGCUUUGCAGGUCCGUCCCCCCCCCGCCCCGGCCUGGCGUGGAGCUUGAGGGCUUUCGCAGUUUCAAAGCUCUAGUAGGGCAGCGCCUGUCCUUAGAAUUCGAGUAAGCAAAGAAGGAAGAUGCUUUGGUGCCGACUGUGCUUAGUCCCGUUAAGUUGGUGUCACCAUAAGGUCAAGGAAAGGGAAUUGUUUAUCUCUUAAAUAAAGGAAGCUGCGUUGUGCCAGGUAAGGCCAUUUGUCCGUUUAGUCCAGCAUUGGCUACUCCAGCAUUUCCCAACCUAGUGUCCUCUUAACUGUUUUGAGCUCCCAGUUCAUCACCUACAACCAGCUUAGUCAAUGGUCAGAGAUGAUGGGAGUUGCCCUACAGCAUGCGUAAGCACACAUGUUCUCCAUUGCUUGUAGCAGUUGUUCUUCAGGAUGUGAGGCAUAGGUCUUUCAAAUCACCUGCUCCCUGAUCCUUUUACCUGAAGAUUUCAAGUACUCUGUCUUGGAUCACCUUCCUGCAAAGCAUGUGCUGGAGUUUUGGUUCCUCUCUGAUUGGUCUGCCAUUAAGUAAUUUGGGAGUAUUAUUCACUUCUAUAGCUUGAUGCUGGUAGAAUUUAGCUCUGGUUGACUGUUACCUGAAAACUCUUGAGUGCAGUGAGAGAGAAUGAAUGGGAGUAAAUAUGGCUUGCUACUGUUUCUUAACAUAUCUGGCCCUCACAGGAAAUCAAGUGAGCUUCCAUACAUGCAUCGUAUACAGAAUUGCUGCCCUGUUUAUGCUUGUAGAAAAAAAGGUGGAGGAGGAUUAAGUAUAGGCUUCAGUGUUGUGUGGGUGCACAUCGGUUUUCUUCAACAUGCAAGAGGAAGAAUAGGUUGUCAAUGUAUAAAACAGAAAAACAAGGGUGAAAAACAGCUUGUUACUUGUGACUGAAGUUUUCUUCCUACAUGAUCACUCCUUGUCUAAUCUUGUCUUGAAAGCUUUAAAAAUAUGUGCCGUGGAAUAAAACUUGUUAAGACUGUUUACAGAGAACAAGGGUUUUAAUGGGCACUUCAUUUUCUUGUGUUCUCAUAGCAGCUUGAAACAUGCUAAAAUUUCAUGGUACACAUGGUCAACACCUGACUCCUGUGGUACUCUUGUAAACUGCCCUUUCAAAAAUAGUGUCUCUCAGAGGAGCAGGGCAGUGGCCAUCUCUUAGACUGUCCUGUGGCAAGCAAGAUUUGGGAGGUGCAUGUGCUGAAUAAAUAUGAAGGGUGUUAUCUGCAUGUUUACAGUAUAGUAAAGUUGCACUGUUAAAGUAAUUGUACACCUGAUCUUUAAACCUUAAAAUUAUGCAUUAUUGGCUUUUGUAAUAAGUGCUGACGCACAAGAAUUACCUGCACUUGAAGAAGUAAGAGAGGCUUGGACAAAGCAUGGUUUCCAUGGAAUUUGAGUGAAAUUGAUCCAGGGUCUGUGAGUGACGUUAUACAGUUUUAAAACCACAGGACCUCUUUACAGAAAGAACCACUGCUUCAAUCAGCUUACUAGGGAGACAACCUUUUUGCUUAUAUACCCACUAGUUUUCUCCUUGAAGUCAGUAGAAUAUCAGAAGCCUAUUCCACAAUAGCUUAAAGCUGGGCUUUCAGCAUGGAUGCUCCUCUUCUGUGGAACAGCAUUCCUGUUGAGAUAUGAAAAGUGCCUAUUAUUUCAUUUUUCCGUGAUCGACUGCAGACCAUUUUGUUUUGACAGGCAUUUCCAACUGGGUGAAAAGGUAUCUGCCUUAGUUUUGGUAACACUACAGAAUAAACACCUAUAGUUUUCAUCAUUUGUACUAUUUUAAAAGCUAUUUUAAGUAGGGUGUUGUUGUUUUUGUAAAUUACCUUGGGAUACAUAUGGAAGGCGAUUAGUAAAUUAACAAAAUAAGUGUAGUAUUGCUAGUUGCCCCCACCCCAAGAUGGUGACUGCCCCUUUCAAAGCUCUGAUUUACUAAGAGGAUGCAGUUGUUACUCUACCAGUCUGUUACCUACCUUCAUUCCUGCCUGCAGUAGCAAGGUUGACUUUAGAUAUGAGAGAUGGUGGCUAAUGGUGCAGCUACUGCAAUAUCUCUCAAUGCCUUGAUAGUUUUAAUAGGAGAGGCAUCAACUCCAGAUGAAGACCAGGCUAUUCUGUUUGCAUUCCAAUCACUUCCUUAUAACGGCCUUCUAGGCGAAUAUUGAGAAAUAUUUUACUUCCUUGGUAGGUUCUGGGACAAUAUCUGAUUGCACUGACGAGCAUUGUUUCCCCCCGCUUCCACCCUUGAGAUUUGUGUAGGAUUGGAAGGAAGUACAUCUGAACUCUUCUGAAAGUACAGUUCUCAAAACAUUUUCUUGUUGAAAUUCUAUUGCAGUCUGUGAAGGGUUUGCACAAUAAAUCUUUUUUUAUAAUAUCAUAGAUUUUUUAAAAAGACAUUUGAAGGAGGAAUAAAAAUUAAAUAUGAUGACAGGUACCUUUAAGAUGAAAACAGGAAAACUUGAGGUGCUAACUUUUCUCACCGCAUUCAUAAGGAAGAAAAGUGUGUGUGUGUGUGUUUGUAUGUGUAUGUACACCAGCCUUUCCCAAGCUGGUGGCCACCUGAUAAUUUGGAUUGCAACUCCUGUCCUCCCAGACCAUUGUCCACAUUGACUGGAGUUGUUGGAGCUGGAGUCCAAAAUGUCUGGAGGGCAUUAAAUUAGGGAAGGUUAGUUGCUUUGACUUUGCAGUGUGAAGAAAAUGUGCUCAUCAUUUUUUAAAGAUUAUUUUGAAAGGCAUGCUUCUAACACACUGAGUAAUGCCACACUUCAGAUAAUUUUCCUGAUACUUUUGAAUGCCAAUUGUGCAUGAUUGAUGUUUGUUACAGGUGCUUUAAAUUGACAAAGACAUGUUGUAAGCCAUCAGCAGAGGGUGGAAUGUCCUCUACUCUGCAUUUGGCUUCCCCUUCUACUUCUUGAGCCUUAAGAUCAUUCCCGUCCUGUGAAUGGAGGUUUAGGUUUAGCUUUAAAGAGAUUUUUAGGAUUAAAUGUUAACCUUUGAACACUGACUUCCUUAAGCUUUUUGUUUUUUCAAAAGUGGAAUGCUGCAUUUCUUUCUGACAUGCCUUUAAAAUUCUGUUGUUUAGCUGCUCUUAGUAGAUGGGAUUCUCUUACGGUUGCUCAGGUUUCAUGUACGUUUGAGGAGAGGUAAAAUAUACAAUGGCAAAAGAUGUUUGAGAAGAUCCAGCAGCUUUCUAGUACUUUCCAUUGAGUAGCUUAAGUUUAGACAUCUUUUCCUCUCUCAUGGACCAGAAUGGGAAAACUCAGACUGAGAAAGUGACAUAAUGUAGGCAACUUACCAAACUCCUGUCCAGCAUUUUUUUUUAAAAAAAAUAAUAAUCUUCAAACACUGUAAAAUCAAGCAACCUUCUGUGGUGUGUUGGGAUAUAGGGGUGCUUUUCUCUUUUGAUAAAAUGAAUGGAAGGUCCUCAUUUUCCAAAAAGCGAGCCAAUUCAAAGAUCUGUCUGAAAAAUGAUGAGACUGGUAAAAUGUAAUUCUGGCACCUAAGAAUUUAUUAUUCUAUUUGAAACAUUUGAUGCUUAAUUCCUAGGAAUCUGAAAUAUUUUAAAACCCUGAUAAGGAAGGUUAUUUGGCAAUUUAAUAUUAGCCCAGCAGCAGAAAAUGCUAAAGCUUGUAAUGGAAUUUUGUACCUGUGUAAUCUGUAUGAUAAUGUUGAUAGUAUUGUUUGAGAGUCAAGAGUUUCAGCAUUCAGCAUCUGCAACCCUAGCUCCCGCUUCUAGAAGGAACAAUAGAGAAAAGAAGGUGCCAAACCAAACUGUAGGUCAGUAUGCUGAUCAGCCAAACAAAUAGACAAAUACUGAGUUCACUUGGAAAUCUCUUGACUUCUGUGAAAUUUACUUUUAGUAACUAUGCUAAGCUAGAAGCCUUAAUGCCUUCUAGUUAUACAGCUGCUAGACUCCAUUGCAUUCCCAUAUUCUUUUUGCAGAAAACAUUCGCUGUUCCAGCAUCAAUUUCCUGUCUUCAGCUUCAUAGGUAACCUAUAAUUUGGGUGCAGAUGCUCAUGAAAUGUGAGCACUUCAUACCUGUGAAGUGAUUUUGGUGACUUUCUCCCUUUCUCACAAUAUCUCUGCACACUUUUGGAUGCAAUUAAUUAACUUACAGGUUUUCCUCUACUGGAGAUUGUAUUAAGGAAGCUCUAGCCAACUGGUUUUGGGAGGGCUUGGGUUGAUAUAUUGAAACAGUUUGAACUGUAUAUGUACUAAAAGUUAUCUUGAGAUGCUCAGAAUUGUUGGAUCAUUUUAUUUUUAACUUGAUGGAGUUAGCACAGAACUAAGAAUGUCCGAGUCUUGGCUUAUCAGUGGAAGUACUGAUGUUGUGGCAUUUCUUCCUUUGGUUUCAUGACAGAGCUGUGGUUUAAAGCACACUUACACUCCCCCUUCCUAAUUAUAUUUUCUGGGAAGCCAAGUCUCCUGAGUCAUAGUAGAGAUAAUUUCCAAGUGAUUGAAUAAGCAGGAGAAAGAAUUGAGGUUAUUAAUAUGGUUCAACUCAGACAUCACACAGAGGUAUGGUUUGUGUCAGUCUUCCUCCAAGCUGUUGUCUUCCAGAUGUUUUGGACUACAAUUCCCAUCAACUCCAGGGAUGGUGGAAGUUGUAUUCUAAUGGGUGCCAGGCUGUGCAAACCAUGGUUUGCAAAUCUACUUCAAACUGUAGUUAUUGAUUCUGAUUUGUUGGUGAUCACAAACUGUGGUUUAAGAAUUCAAAUAUUGCACUGAAACCUGAAUUAAGCUUAUGUGCAGAAAGCAAGGGGGCAUUUAUUGAAUAAAUAUAGUAUGCUCAUCUCUCUCUCUCUCUCUCUCUUUCCGCUCCAGCUUCCUGGGAUGUCGUGGAGAUUGGAAUUGUUCCAGACAUGCUUGCUCUGGUGUUGCUCUGGGAGAACACCUUGAUGGAUGAUUAGUACCAUUCAGUGAUGGGCUGUGGGACUAGCAAAGUACUUCCUGAGCCUCCCAAGGAUGUUCAUUUGGAUCUUGUUAAAAAGGUGGAGCCAUAUACUGGUUAUAAAACUGACAUAUAUAAGCACUUCAUCAAGGGUGAUGGAGAUGCCAUCAAAUCUGCUAUCCCUUCUCCUCCUCGUCACACUAACCCACAUGUGGAACAGGCAGAGCCUCGCAAGAACAGAGUGGCAAAGUACCGUGCAAAAUUUGAUCCCAGAGUGACAGCCAAGUAUGAUAUCAAAGCCCUGAUUGGCCGAGGCAGCUUUAGUCGUGUAGUACGGGUGGAGCACAAGGCUACCAAGCAGCCGUAUGCAAUCAAGUUAAUAGAGACUAAGUACCGUGAAGGAAGGGAAGUGUGUGAGUCAGAGCUGUGUGUGUUGCGUCGUGUUCGGCACACCAAUAUCAUCCAGCUCAUUGAAGUGUUUGAGACUCAGGAGCGUGUCUACAUGGUGAUGGAAUUGGCCACUGGAGGGGAGUUGUUUGACCGAAUCAUUGCCAAAGGUUCCUUCACGGAAAGGGAUGCUACCCGAGUGCUGCAAAUGGUGUUGGAUGGAGUUAAAUACUUACAUACAUUGGGCAUAACUCACAGGGACUUAAAGCCAGAGAACUUGCUCUAUUACCACCCAGGCAUGGAUUCUAAAAUAAUGAUCACAGACUUUGGGCUGGCGAGUGCUCGAAAGAAGGGAGACGACUGCUUAAUGAAGACUACCUGUGGGACACCAGAGUAUAUUGCCCCAGAGAUCUUGGUCAGAAAGCCCUACACAAACUCAGUAGACAUGUGGGCACUGGGUGUGAUCUCAUACAUCCUACUAAGUGGGACGAUGCCUUUUGAAGAUGACAACCGCACCCGCUUGUAUCGGCAAAUUCUGAAAGGAAAGUACAGUUACUCAGGGGAGGUGAGUGUGUCAAGGUUCCAGCAAGGGAGUGCCUGUUGUGCCAGUGUAUUCCGUGAUGGUCUGAAAUCUCUGGUCUCUACAGGAAACACCCUCAUCCUUAAAUCUUGAAGCCUACUGCAACCCUGGUCCUUUAAAAGCUACUGCUUUCAGAAUAUAUAGUGUAUGUUUUUUUGUUUCAGAAAUUAGGCCCCCUUUUGCACAAAAUGUCUUACAAGAAACAACAACAAUGAGGUUGUCUGGGUGAAAGCAAAAGUAACAAGUGAUUUCCAAGCAGUGGGAAUCUCUGCCCCUGCUAAUGGGAGGUGGUAAGGCCAGGCUUUUUCAGAAAUGGAAUUGAGAAUCAUUUAUCCAUUUUUUGGAGAUGUAUUGCAUUUCCUCUAAAGAAAAAAAAAACCCUCUCAAAAUGGUUUGCAAAGAAGAAAAAUGUAAAAGAAGUAUUAAACUAAUACAAAAAUUCUUAUUUUUCUUACAUAAAUUAACAUUAUUUAACAUUUUAGCAUUGGAAUGGUUGGCUUUUAAGCAGUUUGGGAGGCCUCACUCCUCUGGAAGAUAGAAUAAUGCAUGGGAGCUCUGCCAAGUCUUUACAACAGCUUCAGAUGGGAUGAGUUGAAAAGCCAUUCCCCUCUAGGAGUCUGCCUGUCCUCAGGAAAGAUGGAGCUAAAUCUAACUUCUGAGUCUUGUCUGGUGCUGUUCAAAAGACCAAUGAACCCUCCAGAAGUUGUUGGACACCAGCUUCCAUCAGCUCUGGCUAGCAUGGCCAAUGUCCAGGGCGAAUGGGAGCUGUUGUUUAGUAAUAUUUGGAGAGGCACACAUUCUCUGGAGAGGCUUUAGAGGCUAUUUCUAGGGGGUGCUGGCAUGUAUCAAUUAAAUCUGUCAUUGUACUGCUUUGGUCUGCUUCAUUGUGUGUCUUAUGGUUAUAGAAAGAAGAAUAUAUGAAUGUGGAGAUAAGUUCUAUACUUCCUUCAAUAAGUUACACUCAGAAAUAGAAAUAAUUCAACUAUUGCCCCUAGUGGCAUCUCAGCAAGAACUGAGCCAAAUGUUUUAUAUGUGUAAGAGAGCAAUUUUUCAGUCGGGGGUUGAGAAGUGACAGUAAAAUAACUGACUGAAAAACAAACGAGGUACUUGCUAGUUCUCAGGCUGUGAUGACAUUUCAGUAAUGGAUGAAGAGUCCUUUUUAUAUUAUUUGGGGUGUAAUGUUCUAGAUGCUAAAUCAGGAUAUAAGUUGCUUUUGAAAACAUUGAGGCAAUUUUCAUGGCUGUGCAGGUUUUGAUAAGUCUUCCAAAUAAUGUGCAGUUGGUCACUCUUUGAUUUGACUUGUAGCUUCUGUAUGUUUGUGGCUGGGUUGUGUCAGGAAGUCAGAUUUCACAAGCAAGUAGGUAACCUACAGUAAGUAGGCACCCCAUUUAUAUUCUGUAGAGUAGUAGUAGUAGUAGUAGUAGUUGUUGUUGGUUAUUUUGCCAUGCCUGUUUUGCUUCCUGUAGACCACAGCCAGAUGAUCCAACUAGUUUCGCUAUUUGUGAAUUGUGAAUGAAUCUGACAGCUGCUAUGUCCUGGCACUGAUUUAAGCAACAUGUUUCACAGUGUUUAGGAAUGAGUGAUAAUCAAUGGAGAAGUAGGUCAAAGAGCUGAUAGCGGGUGGUAGGCUCCCAAGCUCCCACAACCCCCCCCCCCCAAUAAUGGGUGUCUUGAAGAAACCAUGCUUCUGCUAACCUGAUAAAUCUUGGAGAAUCAGUUUUCUUCUUCUUAUCUUUUCUGGUGUAAUGGGAAGAAAUCAGCCAUAAGCUUGUUUUAUCACUGGCCUUCCAAAAACAAAUUAAGAGAACUUUUAUUACACAGAAAUCCUUUAAAACUGCACUGGAUGCAGCUGUGGCAAACUGAGUGUAAGACUGAGAAUGCGGGAGAAAAAGGCUGCUACAGAAAGGCCCCUACCCCCCCUUUUAGCUUUAACUCUGUGAAAUGAAACACUUUUAUCUGACAGUGGCACUCCCAAGAGGCAUGUCUGUGGAGAUCCGAUCAUAGAGUUAUAGAUUCGCCUGCAGUGACCCUCUGGGCUAAAGCAUAAGAAAUGUGCUUUUGAACCAGGGAGGAGAGUGUCUGCUAACAUAGGCUCUCAUAGAAUUUCACAGGCAGAGAACUUGCAUCAUAGAAGAAUCCAAAAAAGGUUAGAUGUUUUUCCUUCUCUUCCUAUCCCCAAAAGAAAAGGUGUACUUUCCAAGACAAGGCUUGCCUCAAAUGCUGAACUGAGAUUGUGGAGUCCUAUUGAGAGAGAGAGAUGUGAAAGCUGAUAUUCAGGCUGACUUGUGAAGUAUUUCUAUUUUCUUGAUGAGAAAUGAAGAGAGCUUACAAUUUGGGUUCCUUUCCUGAAGCAGUGUCUGUUUUCAAGAGGCUAGUAGGCAAUUGAUGGGAAAGCUAUACCUUAAUAGCUCAUUUAGGUCCUGCUGACCUCAACUACUCUAAUUAUCAUUCUCUGGCUCCUGAUGGUAUAGAGUUGAUGGCAAAGGCAUGGUGUUUAAGGCAGUCUGGGGAUAAGUGACUUGGCAAGCCCUUUUGAUGAUGUUAGCUCCCUGGGUAAGGGUUACAAUGCUUAUCGAAGCUGGAUCAGUACAGCCUAUCCAUCAGGAACUAAUUGUGUUCUCCCCUGCCACCCUGCUCCCUGCUGCUCUUUCUUUGCUUUAUCAGGGCUUUGCUAAAUAAGCUGAAGGGGCUAGUUUUACUGUCAAAAAUCCUACAGGUAACAUAGCAGAAAACUUAUUCUACUGUUCUAGUGUUUCCAUUAGAGAGGAGAGUUCACAUGCUUUUCAGAAAUGUAUCCUGUCACUCUUUUGCAUUUCUGAUUUGAUGCUAACAAACUAGAAGGCUUCCAACUACUUAAAAGUUGGAAUUCAAGGGAGAAGUAGCUAUUUGCAACUUGGCAUAAUAUGUGGAGUACAGGUACUGGAGGCUGUUGGCCUGUGGGGAAACUUAGUGCUUGGGAGCUGGUGUAGUGUAGAGGCUGAUGUAUAAAUCAGGAAGUCCCAGCUUCAAAUGUCACCUCUACCUUGAACUCAUUAAGCUGCUUUAGGCAAGUUACUUUCUCACGGCCCUGAUUCUUCCAUCUGCAGUAUGGGGGAUAAAAACGCAGACUUAGGAUUGUUGUAAAAAUUCCUGGAAAAUAUACAUGGAACCAAGGACCUUAUACCAAGUCAGGUGGUUGUUUUACUCAGUAUUGUUCACAAUGAUUGGCAGGCAGUCUCAGGCAGGAUUUGUUCCCAGCUCGACCUGGAGAUGCUGGGUAUUGAACCUGGGACCCUUCUGCAUGCAAAACAAAUGAUCUACCUCUGAGUUAUGCCUACUUCUUCUUGAAAGCACUUUGCCAAUGUUAAAGUACUAAGACUUGUAACAAAAUGUUGCAGUGUAUCAUCACCUUUGUAGAGGAGUGCUCCUCUUCAAGGUUCCAAUCAGCCAUGUCUUCCACCUUGAUUUUCCAUCUUUUUGGGCGGGAGGUUAUAUCCGCAGAAUCUUUGCUGCUGUUAGUGCCCCUGCUGAGUCAAGAUCAAGAUGUCCUUUGGUCACAACAGUGGCAAUGCUCAGGCCAGAGUCUGUUUCUGUUUCUAGUUGAAUGCUACCAUGUCAUGCAUCACCACAGUUCCCCAUUCCACUGCCAUCCUGUUCCCCAAGCUCAGGUCACUAUUCAUAUCAUCUGGAAUGAUUCCCUCUCUUUCUACCGUUUGUCUUGAAACAGACAGUGUAGUGCUGUAGAGAGUUACAGUCCUGGCAAGCUCUGAGUAAUAUUUGCAAUAGUGCAUGGAGCCUACGUUUGACAGAGUGGCAGGCAAACAGUUAGUUGUUUUACUAUUAUGUUCGCCCAUAAUGGAAGCCACUAGCUGCAUGUCAUAAGAAGAGGAAAGAGUCCUGUUGGAUAAGGCCAAAGGCUUAUUUAGUCUAGCAUCCUAUUAUCCCAGAAGCAGGAUAUGAGUGCAGCAUCACUCUCCCUACUUGUGACCUAGCAAGCUGUAUUUAGAGCCUUCAGCAAUGAAGACAGAACAUACCUAUCAUGGCCAAUAGUCACUUAUUUAUCUAAUCUUGUUUUAAAGCCAUGAAAGUUGAUGGCCACCAAUACAUAAUUGUGGGAGUGAAUUCCAUAGUUGAACUAUGCCCAGUGUGAAGAAGUACAUUGCUUUUCCUGUGCUGAAUCAUACAACAUUCAGCUUCCAUUAUGAGAGAGGGAAAAAAAGUUAUCUCUAUCCAAUUUCUCCAACUAUGCUGCCAUGCAUCUUAAAUGCUGUCAGUCUGGCCUCAGUGGCUCAGCCUUUCAGCAGCCCCUCCUAGAAGGCAUCAUAAGAGUUGACUGGUACUCCGGCAAAUAAUUUUUGCAUAGAACAACUUGGAAGUUCGUUGAAAUAAAUUGCAUCAUUUUUGUAUCUUCAUUUCUACUUGCCCCCAUGUUCUUUGGUGCCUUUCGCUUGAACUGCUGCAUUCUCAAAUUCUUCCGUAUAUUGUUUGUGUUUCCUGGCUGCUCUGUCUCUGUGCUUGUUGUCUUAGAUCCAGAACAUUGUAGUGGUUAGAGUGUCAGGCUAGGAGUGGGGAGAAUGGAGUUGAAAUUCUCACUGAGCCAUGAAGCUCACUGAGUGCCCUUGAGCCAGUCAGUUACUACCGCAUUUUUUGCUCUAUAAGACUCACUUUUUCCCUCCUAAAAAGUAAGGGGAAAUGUGUGUGCGUCUUAUGGAGCGAAUGCAGGCUGCACAGCUAUCACAGAAGCCAGAACAGCAAGAGAAUCAUAGCACUGUAGAGCUGGAAGGGAUUGCUGCUUUCACUGCGCAGCGAUCCCUCUUGCUGUUCUGGCUUCUGAGAUUCAGAAUAUUUUUUUUCUUGUUUUCCUCCUCCAAAAACUAGGUGCGUCUUGUGGUCUGGUGCGUCUUAUAGAGCGAAAAAUACGGUAUUUCUUUUGAACCUAGCUGACAUCUGAAGAGCAUUACAAAGAUUAUUAUUAAAUUUUUAUACUGCCCUUCAUCUGAAUAUCACAGGGCAGUUUACAUUAUAAAAACACAAAAACACAUACCAUAAAAAGAAAAUAAAACAAUGCCUGCCAUCGAUGGUUUAAAAGACCCUAGAUUGUUUAGGAGAAGAGGGAUGUUUUUGCCUGACACCUAAAGAUAGUAACAAAGGUGCCAGGCAAGGCUCCCUGGAGAGAGCAUUCCACAAGAGGGGAGAUAAAGGGUCGGGGAGAAAACCAGUGUGGUGCAGUGAUUAAAAGUGUUGGACUAUGACAGUGCAGUUCACUGAGUAAAUGUGGGCCAGUCGGUCUGUCAGCCUAACCUACUCACAGGGGAAGGGGAGAACCAUACAUGCCAUGCUGAGCAACAUGGAGGAAGGCAGGAUAAAAAUUUAACAAAUCCUCUUUGCCUUGGCUUUUGCUUCAAGAUCUACUUUUACUUACUAAAGAAGCCCAGUGGAAUCUGCGGGGAAUGUUUUAGAGGACAUGUCUAGAGUUACUGGAAGCAAAGUAAGAAUCCUGAAAACAUACUUUGUAAACUUUCCUGAUCAUAAUUUUAAAAGUGUAGGCUGCAUUAUCUGUCUUGAAAGAGUGGCUGAAAUCUAUUGUCAUGGAUAUUUGUUGACUCGCUUGAGUAAAUGGUCCACCAACGUCACACCCCCCCUUCCUUUUGCUUUGUGACUCACACCAGCUUUUAUUCUCUGAUGAAUACCACCUUCAGAUGGGAUGAGGCUUAAACACCUUGACGCACAAUGCACUUUGAAGGGUCGUGUUGCAUAUUUAGCCUGGAACACGAUGUGGUGCAUAACAGUUUCUGGUUGACAUUAGCUUGGGUUAGUGUGAAAUGGAGGCAUACAGAAUUAUAAAAGGGAAAGGGAAAGGAACAUAAAUAUUCAAAGACUGCCUUUGUAUUUAAGCUCCUCCUAACACCAUAGCAUCUGCCUUCUUCCCAUUUGACACUCAAGCUUAGCUUUUUGCUAUGACUUCACCAAGUCAGCUUCACGGGACACAGUCCAAAUAAAAUUGGGAUAUCAUAAAUAUGUGUGAUUUUUCCUCCACUCCUCAAUGCAAAAACAUGUUUACUCAUGGGAAUUGGUAUCCCAAACAUGUAAGGGCUGUGUGCCAUGUGGGGAUGCAGGUGGAGCAGUGCAAAUAAAGGGACAGUUUUUGCUGAUGCCAGUGGGAGAGCAUCUGCUUUGCAUGCAGAAGGCCUCAGUUUCAGUUUCUAGUAUCUCCAUGUAGGACUGGGAGAAACCCCUUUCUGAAGCCCUGGAGAUCUGGUCCACACAUGCAAUAUUGAGCUGGAUGGACCAAUGGUAUAUCAGUGUAUGGCAGCUUCCUGUGUUCUUGUGCACAGCCCUAAAAGAAAACUAAACAUUUCCAAGUCUCAUCUAAAAGCAAGCAGGAAUUCAGUGCAUGUGCAUUGAUCUCAAUGGAAAUUUGGCUUGCCUUUACUAGCAGGGAUGUGUGUUUAUGAUGUUACGGUAUUAUUAUUAUUACCACUAUUAUUUAUUUUUUUAUUUAUUUAUACCCUGUUUUUCCCCUGACAGGGAUUCAAGGCAGCUUACAGAUAAAAUAUCGUGCAGUCAGAUAUUUUGGUGCUAAAAAUAUUUAUACUUUAAACAUCAACUUUAGGCAGGCAGUUUGCCACUUUAACUGUUGUACCCACUUGUCAAUCCAUAACUCCCUGGAUGGCUUACUACAACAUAUUCAUAGCAUAUAACAAGAAAAUAUAGCCAUAAUAAUAAAGUGCUGCAAUCCUGUAUUGACUUACCUGGCAAUAAGCUCCACUGAACUCCACUGCGUUUUCUUUUGAGUAGGAUUGAACUAUCAAUGCCAGUAAGAGCCCAGAAAAUUGAAAGUGAUUUUUCUUUGACCCCCUCCAUCACAUUUGGCACUGUUACAAAAACGGUCCUGACUUUGGUAGACUUCCACCACACUUUGAUAGUAGGGGCAUUCAAGAGGUGGCUGAUUGUAACAGCGAGGGAGCAGGAGGUCUUUUGGUUAAUGCUUUUUCUCCAUACAUCCCUAUGAAUGACUGCACAGUUCUUCUGAGGAUUUGACUUUCCUGCAAUAGUUACAGAAGAAUGUUCCCAGCAGGAAACUAACCCAACUGAGACUGUAAGGUUGUUUCUUUCUUUCCAUUGACUGAUAUACAGUAUUUGAUUUUCUUUUUGAAAUUUGAAAGGUCUGAAUGCCUGUUUCAAAGGAUUAUUCAUUCCAACUCCCUCCUUACCUGUAGAAAGGGUGCUCGGAAGGUAAAAUUCAAUCUGAUGUUUUCCAUGUUUGGCCACACUGGCUGCUUCAAACAUAACAUGAUGAAUGAAAUACAUUCAAAGACAGCACAAAUUAGAGGGCCCUUUGAAAGAGGUGUUUCACUUUCCUUGGUCCACUUUGUGCUUUUUUGGCUGGAUGUGAAGAUUUGGCUGUCUCCUUGGAUGGUGCUUUGGAAGCAACUUUUGGAUUUUUAAGAUUGUCUUCCUAGUGGUCUUAUUAGAACCACUCCCACCCCCACCAUGUGUGAGAUGCAUGAAAUGUUGCACAUAUUUCCCACAGAGGCCUAAAAUUGUGCCUAUGUACAAGAAUGAACAAACAAAUCAAUGAAAAUUCUGACAGGAAUAAAUAGAGGCUAGAAAAUUCAGCUUUUACUGAGAAGAGGAACUGUUUUUAAGUGCACCUGAGAGUUCUGUCUCCUGGAAGAGAAGAGAAAUCCAUUUACAGAGGAAUGUGCUCUUGCGUCCCAGAUGAAGAGAGCAUUGAGCGAGUACGGGUGAAGGCUGCAUGUGACCUGAGGGGCCUCUACUUAAGAGACAGAGUGUUCUGGUCUCUCUCUCUCUCCCCCCUUUCUUUCUUUCAUUUUUUUUUUCUUUCAAGACGGAGGAACAUUGAAAAGAGCCUGAAAUAGGCUGUCUCCAUGCCUGAGGUGGAACGUUGAGGUCAGCCUGACAAAUGCACACUCUAUGAUGAGGCUCAGAAGCCUUUUUUGCUCUGCCUCUUUUUCUUAUCUCCUACACCUGACCUUAAUGCAACUGUUCAUCUCAGGCAGAGGUAGCCAAUGUGGUGCCCGUCAGUUGCUGUUGGGUUACAACUGCCGUUAUCCCUGACCAUUGGCCAUGCUGGCUGGGGCUGAUGGGAGUUGGGGAUCCAGCAACAUCUGAAGGGCAUCAUAUUGUCUAUCUGCAGUGCUGAUGUAGUUGACGUGGUUUUGUGCUGAGCUGUGUGGCUAACUAACUGGAACCGUGGUAGAAACUUUUGCAGAAUUAGGAACUCAUGUAGCAAUGCCAACAUCCUGCUUGGUUACCUAGGGUGAAUGCAAAUCUGCUCGAAGUAACCAGAUAUCCUGUAGUAAAGAUGUUUCUUUGGGGAAGGGGAGAAUGGACCUAUAUUUGGACCUGUAUUGCAAGCUGAAUUUGACACUUCUCAUUGUCAGUUUCUAUGAAUUACUAAGCAUCUGUAUUGUUUUCUGUAAAAUGUCCACUUUCCAUUAUGGUGCAUUAAUUAUAAACUUCUUUGAAUCUCCAGGAGAGUAUUCUUCUCAAAAAACAUUGGUACCUCGGGUUAAGCACUUAAUUCGUUCUGGAGUUCCGUUCCUAACCUGAAACUGUUCUUAACCUGAAGCACCACUCUAACUAAUGGGGCUUCCUGCUGCCGCUGCGCCACUAGUGCGAUUUCUGUUCUCAUCCUGAAACAAAGUUCUUAACCCAAGGUACUAUUUCUGGGUUAGUGGAGUUUGUAACCUGAAGAAUCUGUAGCCCGAGGUACCACUGUAAAGUGAAAUAGUUUGAAAAUCACACAUCAAACACUUGUUUGAGAUGGAAGUGAGUUCCUUGAAUAAUACUGGGACAAAACUAGUAUUGCAUUUGUUAAAAUAAAUGUGAUUAUUUAGAGAACGUGGAGAACGUGGAGAAUACCAAAUCAAGCAUACAGAUGCACACACUCACAAAGCUUCUAGCUCUGAUUUAAAUGUGACAGAAUGCACAGUACGCGUUGUAGUUUAUUUGCCUUCUGAAGGUGCUCAGUCCAUUUAAUAAAAUGAGAGGGAUAGUCUCCCAUCAGAAUAGAGUGAAGACUUCUUCUGCAGCAUGAAUCCCCUGAAGAGUAAAGAGGCUAUCUCAGUUGUUGCAUCCCUUUUAGACUUAUUUGUUUUAACAGACCGUUAAGAUAUUUUGGGCUUGGGUCCCUUUUGACACAAGCCUGAUUUGCCAUGCUUAAAGAGAGAGCAAAAUAUGUUGGCCUUACGUCACAACUGACUGGCAAGUUGUAUAAGUAGAGGACAGCAAAGUUGGGCUAUAAUGCAAAUAAUUCCAACCCCCCCCCCCCCCCCCCGCUCACAGGGCAUUGCAAAACCUUGUGAAUAACCCAAGUAAACAUUCCUGGAAAACUAAAAAAAGAAAGAAACCAAACUAGUUUAACUAAUAAUGCAUGUUUCUUUUGGUCACAAUGGGAACCCACUGAACCCACCAGGCAAUAUGGUGAAUCUAUUCAGCUGCAUAUGGAGCCAGCAGAAGAGCCUGUUCUUUCUGCCAUAUUAAGUCCACACAUACAAUGCAAUUCUUUGGUGACCUAGAGGCUUUUUCUUGCCAUUUACACCAGAAGGAAAAUUUCUUACUUUUCUAAUACAAUAUUUUUAUCUUAUAAAAUACACAAAAUCUUAUCAUAAAUAAGUAAAUAUACAAUAGAUUAUCUUGAUACAUUUGUCAUGAAUAUAAACUGAUGGAAGUAUCCAAAAGACUCAACAUCUGUAAAUUAUUACAAAUAUUCUGCUCCUCAGAAAAUCAUGUAUAAAACUGUUGUUACAUUAAUAUUAAAAUUUCUAAAGAUUUAUACAUUCUCAGAAAAAUGUUGCAACUGUGCCUUCUAUUUCUGGGAGCCAACAUGGUGUAGUGGUUAAGAGCGGUGGACUCAUAAUCUGGUGAACCAGGUUUGCUUCCCCGCUCCUCCACAUGCAGCUGCUGGGUGACCUUGGGCUAGUCACACUUCUCUGAAGUCUCUCAGCCUCACUCACCCCACAGAGUGUUUGUUGUGGGGUGAGGAAGGGAAAGGAGAUUGUUAGCCACUUUGAGACUCCUUAAGGGGAGUGAAAGGCGAGAUAUCAAGUCCAAACUCCUCUUCUUCUCUCCUCAGCUUUUGAUAUCAUCAAUCAUGGCAUCCACCUGGGAGAUGGGCUUCAGGGGCACUGUUCCGCCAUGCUUUCAAUCUUAUCUCCACGGCUGGUUCCAGAAGGUAGCAUUGGUUGAGUGCUCCUUAGCCCCUUGGAUUUUGAGCUAUAGGGUGCCACAGGACAUAAUAAUGUCUCCGGUGCUAUUUAACAUCUACAUUAAACCAUUGGGAGCAUUCAUUAGGAGUUUUAGAGUAGGGGUAGGCAACCUAAGGCCCAGGGGCCGGAUGCAGCCCAAUUGCCUUCUAAAUCUGGCCCGUGGACGGUCCAGGAAUCAGUGUGUUUUUACAUGAGUAGAAUGUGGUGGGCUAGAUGAAGGCUGCUCCUUUUCUGUGGAAUAGCAUUCCUUGUCAAGAUAUGGCAGGUGCCCAUUAUCUGCCCUUCCCAGAAACAACUGAAGACUUUUUUGUUCUGACAAGCUAUCCCAGCUGGAGAAUCCAACUCUUCUGAAAGCUACUAAAAGCAAAGCCAUUUUCAACAAAUCUAUUAGUCUUUGUAUUGAUAUAGACAUAACAAACCCAAUCAGUUUAUUUUUCAACUCUUUUAUAGUUGAAACCUUAUUUAAUCUCCAGCAUUCAUCAUAAUUUAUUGUAGCUGCCAUAACUAUAUGCACUGUAAGUUGAGAACCUACAUUUUACUACAUUUAACACAAACUAAGAGCAACUGUUACUGUAAAGACAAGAAGGUUUAUUGAACUCUUCCAAAAACCAAGCAGACCUUCCCACCCUGCUUGCUCAAAUAUGUCUCUUAUCAUUCUGUCCAAGCUCUGGUUUAUGUUUACUUUAUUCCCACCACCCCUUGUGUGGUCCAGUCUUUCUGAGAAUUGGUAGCUUUGUCUGUCCCUCUCCUCCUUUCCCUCCUGCAGUUCUGGGAGAGUGCCAGUUUGGAGUCCCCAAACAUGCUUCCCAAUUAGUUAUUUGUUUGGACCUAAAUUCUUUUCUGGAAGAAUUGUGUGGGUCUGCUAAAACCUGAGAAUCAGCUCAAGCAACCAAUCAAGCAUUGAUUGGUUAAAUGGUAAGCUGUUCAGACAGUUGGUUAUGGGGAGGAAGCUUCCCGCUGUCAGCUGUUUGUAGCACCUGCUGAUACUGGAUUUGCCGGCCCAGCUAUAUAGAUUCAUGCCCAGUGGCUUGUAGCUUGCAGAGUUCCCAUACUGUGGCAUGCUGCACAUGAGGAACGUCUCUCCUGGGGGAGCCUUUAUUUUGAGAUAUUUCAGGAGAUUGAUUUCCAGAGUGAUUGGGAAACUAACUUACAGCUGUAUUAUCCUAGACCAAAGGGGGUUCAAAUCUUGUAGAGAUUGCAUAGAAUCAUAGAAUCAUAGAAUGAGUUGGAAGAGACCACAAGGGCCAUCGAGUCCAACCCCCUGCCAAGCAGGAAACACCAUCAGAGCACUCCUGACAUAUGGUUGUCAAGCCUCUGCUUAAAGACCUCCAAAGAAGGAGACUCCACCACACUCCUUGGCAGCAAAUUCCACUGUCAAACAGCUCUUACUGUCAGGAAGUUCUUCCUAAUGUUUAGGUGGAAUCUUCUUUCUUGUAGUUUGGAUCCAUUGCUCCGUGUCCGCUUCUCUGGAGCAGCAGAAAACAACCUUUCUCCCUCCUCUAUGUGACAUCCUUUUAUAUAUUUGAACAUGGCUAUCAUAUCACCCCUUAACCUCCUCUUCUCCAGGCUAAACAUGCCCAGCUCCCUUAGCCGUUCCUCAUAAGGCAUCGUUUCCAGGCCUUUGACCAUUUUGGUUGCCCUCCUCUGGACACGUUUCCAGUUUGUCAGUGUCCUUCUUGAACUGUGGUGCCCAGAACUGGACACAGUACUCCAGGUGAGGUCUGACCAGAGCAGAAUACAGUGGCACUAUUACUUCCCUUGAUCUAGAUACUAUACUCCUAUUGAUGCAGCCCAGAAUUGCAUUGGCUUUUUAGCUGCCGCGACACACUGUUGGCUCAUGUCCAGUUUGUGGUCAAACAAGACUCCUAGAUCCUUUUCACAUGUCCUGAACUCAAGCCAGGUGUAUCACUUCAUGUUUUUGUGCCUCUCAAUUUUUUGCCCAAGUGUAAUACUUUACAUUUCUCCCUGUUAAAAUUCAUCUUGUUUGUUUUUGCCCAGUUCUCUAAUCUGUCAAGGUCGUUUUGAAGUGUGAUCCUGUCCUCUGGGGUGUUAGCCACCCCUCCCAGUUUGGUGUCAUCUGCAAAUAUGAUCAGGAUGCCCUUGAGUCCAUCAUCCAAGUCGUUGAUAAAGAUGUUGAAUAAGACCGGGCCCAAGACAGAACCCUGUGGCACCCCACUAGUCACUCUUCUCCAGGAUGAAGAGGAACCAUUGAUGAGCACCCUUUGGGUUCGGUCAGUCAGCCAGUUACAAAUCCACUGAGUGGUAGCAUAGUCAAGACCGCAUUUUACCAGCUUCUUUACAAGAAUAUCAUGGGGCACCUUCUCAAAUGCCUUGCUGAAAUCAAGGUAGGCUACAUCCACUGCAUUCCCUUCAUCUACCAGGCUUGUAGUUCUGUCAAAAAACGAGAUCAGGUUAGUCUGACAUGACUUAUUUUUCAGAAAUCCAUGCUGACUAUUGGUGAUCACAGCAUUCCUUUCUAGGUGCAUGAUGAGUACAAUUCAAGAGAUUUGUCUAGUUACGUGUCUGUCAUAUUGAACUUUCUGAGAUAUAUGGAGUGACAUUCAGAAAUCCAUUCUGACUAUUGGUGAUCACAGCAUUCCUUUCUAGGUGCAUGAUGAGUACAAUUCAAGAGAUUUGUCUAGUUACGUGUCUGUCAUAUUGAACUUUCUGAGAUAUAUGGAGUGACAUUCCUAGUGACAUCCAGAUCUGAUAAUGGCUUAACUGCUUGCCAGUACCCACUUAAAACAAGGCAGCACAAAAUUUCCUUUAUAUUGUUCAUUUGUCAAGGAACAUCAGUGGAUACAUCUGGAGCCCUUCAUGGUCUAUUUUUGCAUGAUGUGUCAAGUCACCAGACUCUUCCUGUAGACCUGGAUUUGCCAACCUCUUUGGGCCUGUGGGCACAUUAGCAAACCAGAAAAAUGCUUGAGGGCACCACACACAUGCCACAACUCUUCCUCCCCGACUGUAGGGCCUCUAAAAUUGUCCAAAUGUCACAAUUAGGUUUCAAAAAAGGAGUCUUAUUAGCCAGAUGUAAUUUCAGUGGGAGGAUGGGACCUUACCAUGCACCUCUGUGCCAUCGAGCAGUAGUUGUUAGCAGUGAUAUGUUGCUCUCCUGGCUUCCCAACACUGCAUGUCACUGCCAGUUACUGAGAGGGAGAGGGGCAAGGCAUUGGGAGCUUUGAUGCAGUGCAGGCACAGUGGUGGAACCAACCUGAUGCUACUCCAGGGGAGCAAUACUAUUAAUAGCAGAGCAAGUGACGAUGUGUAGACAGUCAGCUGAAUAAACCCAUUAGGGCUAGGGCCAACCUAGCCAAGGCCAGUGUUUCUGUUCCCCUUCUUCCCUUGUGGUUCUGUACUCCCCACCCCAUCCCAUUCCUUGCUAUAUUGCUGUUUUCACUAUUUAUGAUAUUGGUGUUGCUUAAUAACCGCUUCAGAAACCAAACAUUUAGUUUGGCUGAGCCAGUCCAGUCUCUGGCAAAUUUAUAUAUAGUUAUCCUUGCCCUGAUUUGAGAAAUGGGCCACUCUGGUACUCUUGCAGCAGAGAGUCUAUUAUAGCAUUUUAGGCUGGGAGGUGUACGUUUGUGUCUCCACAAAUUUUGAUUGCAUGACUUAGAAUCCUGAGAAUCUCCUCUCCCUUUUUCUUUAAAUGCCUGUUUCCAGCCCUCAAGGUAGCAAAGAGAAGCUUGAAAGUGUGUUGGCAAUGCCUGUAUACUAUCAAAAGAAAUUGUGGGGAGCAAAUGGAAGAGGAUUUGCUGUCAGCAGGGUUUCUGUGGCCUACAUAACUUCUUGCCUUUCCCCAUGACUAGCUGAAUAACAUCUAUAAAUCUUCUAAAUUUGCAUAGUCUAUGCAUAUUGCAGUAUCCAGUAUUUCUUGGUGUUGAAUUUGAUCUACCUAAGACAAGAAUUAUACCUGCUUUUGGGUUAGUAUAACCAUGGGUCCUUCUAGCUCAGUUUUGUCAAUGCUGGCUGGCAGAGGCUCUCCAGGGUUUCACAGUUUCCCAGCCUUAUCUGGAGACAUCGGGUAUUGAAUCCUAUGGCACUCAAAGCCAGUGCUCUGCCACUGAUCUACAGCCCUUCAAGAGUACAGGGCUGCCAUCUGUUUCUGUACUUCUGUGUUGUUAAGAAACGCAAGUAACCCAAACAGUACAAAAUAAGGGUGGUGCCUGUUGAGGAUGGUACCCACCGAAGAUGCAGCAAUUGUUUACGGCGGCUUUACUUUUUCAUUUGAGCAGUGUUUUACAGGGUUUCUGCCUGCUUGGCUUGCUCAGGCUUUUGCUGACUACCACCAACUGCCUGGCAAUCUGUUUCUCAGGAUUCAUUAACUUCUUUUCUCUGGUGUGUAGGAAAAAAGUAUUUCUUGCUUGAGUGGGUUGAUGCAUUUAAGCUUGCCUAGUGCUUGGUCUUAAAUGUGGCUGCCUUUAGUUGUGCAUAGUGUAUGCCUGUGUCUUAAGACUCUGUUUCUUAGGAUGAUGUGUGUCUGUUGUAUGUUAUCCAAUGACCUCUUUUUAACAAGGUGUUUGUGCAAGGGAGACCACGUUGGCUAUUUUCAUUUGAGAAAACUAGGUUAUAGGAGAUGAUGGCACCAGAUGGCCGCAUAUCCUUAGAGUGCUGUGGAUUAUUAAAGGGUUUGUCAUGCUCUUAUCCUUUUUUCCUCCCUCCCGAUACUGUCAAGUGCCCAUUGCUUAAGAUCUGUCAUGAGUUGUGUCAUCUAAGAGCAGGGGUGGGCCUAAUUUCAAAAGCUCUCUGGAAGUGAUCAGAUCUCUGGCAAGAGUGAUCCUAUAGGAGAGAAGAAGAAGGGGUGGCAGAAAUUAAAAAGCCCAACUCUACCAUGUGUGCCUGGACGGAUUAUCCCCAAGCGAAUGCAACUUUAAACAGAAGACAGGUUCCCCAUUCCUGUUUUAGAGGCUGUAUAGUUCAGGGCCUCAACACACCCUGGUCUGAUUUAGAACUCCUAGGUAUCCAUACUUUCCUGUUAGAUGUUGGGAGGCCCCUCUUCAGUGGCACAAGAAUCUAUUGGAAGGAGUGCUGGCAAUUUUUCUCAAUGUCUUAUUCAUCUUGCUAUGUAUACAGCUGAUCCCACAGUUUUGGUGAGGAAGGCUUAUAAUUGUGGAAGGGAAAAACCUCUACAUUGCUGUCCCUGUUGAAAGUCUGGAGCACACAUCAUCAUAAGAUGAUAGAGUUGUGCUUCUUCUAGGCUGGGAGAUGCCUGUUGUUGCACAGGCAGUCCUGAUUCAUCUAGCCGAUCACCUCCUGAUCCCAGUUUUAUUCUUCUUGUUCAGGAAUUAGAAGCAUGUCCUUGGAAGCCUGCCCUAAGGUCACUGUUGUUGGGGGCUGACACUGUGAGGCCAGAAGUACUGUGAUAUAAUUCUUUCCAGCCCAGAUUACAUCUGAAAGAAUUUUUAAGCUGAACAUUAAAAUAAGCAAUACUUCUGAGUAUGGGGACGGGUCAGAGAGGGGCAGUGGUAGUUUCUACUUUUUUCUCUUAAGAGGCCCAGAUAAAGGAUAAAGUAUUCAAGCUUCUCCUGCUAUUAGUGCUGGCUACAGGGAAAAUAUUGUCCUAGUUCACACAGGAGCCUGUAAACAAGGCCCUGGGUGACUGUAGCAGCAACUAAGGAUUCCAACAGCUACUACAGCCAGUUGCAGAGAGCCCCCCUCAGUCCUCUCUCAUUGUGGCUGCUCACCCUUCCUAUGGCAGUAAUGCUUGCUUUCUUGCUUCUGCUGAUCCAAGAGGCUGAAGGAAGUAAUUGCUUGCUGCAAUUCAUUGGGAAUCCAGUAGCUCUAUUUUUAUUUUUGCUUCUUUGAAUUCUUUGCUUGGAAACCUUUAAGGUGCAUCACAGACAGAAGUCACCUGGAUCCCCAACUCUUUAAUGGAUCGCCUCAUCUCAGAUCAAAAUAAACAUCCCCACUCCAGAUGUCUGCCCUUGCCAUGAGAAGAGUUUAUGAGGAAGUGUGGCCGUUUCUUUUGACUUGGGGUUUUGGACUAACACCCUAAACUGCACUAAAAUGCAAAUGUCAGCACAGUUUGCAGUGCCCAUUUUGUCACCUACUUUGAAAAGGCCGACAGCAGUAUGCCUAGCUCUGAUUUGUGAUUGAGAUGAACAUUCUAGAUAAUUUUCUUUUUGUGAGUAAAGUUCAGAUUUUAAUUUAUCUUAUAUUAAGUUGCUGGUCAGCCCAUUACGUGCACAGUAGCUAUGUAUUGAAAUGGCCUCUAUGAUUUAUUUAUUUUUAAGCAAGGAGAGUAACUGCUUGCUUGGCGCUGAAAGCUCCUUAUGGACCAAGAACCUUUGGUCAUGUUUUUAAGCUAGAUGAGUGGUUCAGAUUUUAUUUAAUCUUUCUUAAUGUAAGAUUAAAAACAAGAUUAGAAAGUUCUGGUGGCAAGACCAGCUCCUUGGAAGCUUAUUGCAGGAUUAGAAGUGUAUUUCUUCUUGCUAUCCAGAAAGCUCCCUUGUGCUACAACAGACAUUAACUCAUUUGUCUCACUGUGGAAGAUUAUAAUCCACUUUCCAGUAAAGUAACCCUAGCAUUUAGUUCACAGCAGGGCUUAGUGAUGAAUCGAACUGCCUCCUCAAGAAAUCCGAGAGAGUGCGGCAUUACAAAAGUUUCCUUCCUCACAAGCUUUCACUCUAUACUAGGCUGUGGUUAUGUCUGCACUACAGACUUGGUGUUGCACAAUAAAGCCUUUAAUACUGAGCCAAAGGAAAUAGACAUGUUUCACAACAGCAUACAAUUAAACUAUGGGAUUCACUCCAACGAAGGCAGUGAUGGCCACCAACUUGGAUGGCUUUAAAAGAGGAUUAGACAAAUACACAGAGGAUAAGGCUAUCAAUGGCUACUAACCACAAUGGCUUUGCUGGGGGACAGUAUGCUUCUGAAUUCCAGUUGCUGGAAACUGCAGGAGGGGAGAAUGUUCUUGUGCUGAGGUCAUUCAUGCAGGCUUCCCAUUGGCAUCUGCUAGGGUAACAAGACUGGUGCAGCCACACUGGGUACCAUGCUGCAGGGGGCACCACAACAAUCCUGUAGAGCAGAGCAUGAGAGGCAGGGUGCCUCUGAAAUUGCAGAGCCCGAAGUUCACCACUGACCGUAAGAACAGAGUGCUACAUUAGAUGGCCUGUUGGUCUGAUUCAGCAGGCUCUUCUUAUGUUCUUACUUCAAAAGUUAUCAGUAACUAGAGGACUUGUAGUUCAGUCUCGCUCCUGGGAGCUUGCUGUUGGCCCCAAAUAACAAUGUAUUAUAGGAGAAAGGAAAUACAGGAAGAAGACACAGACUGGCCUUGUUCAAUGAAAUGCAGAUACGCAGAAUCCAUGUGUUCAUCUAAACAUGUACUUGAGGGCAGCUUUCAGCUGUCAUAGGAACAUAGGAUACAGUAAUACCUCCACGAACGUUCACCUCAUCUAGCGUCCAUUCUGGUGAACGUCCACGGCAAACCCGGAAGUGCCGGAACAAGUUACUUCUGGGCUUGCCGCAUGCGCAGAAGUGUUAAAUUGCUCUUUGCACAUGCGCAGAAGCGCAAACCGCUCCGCUUGCAUGUGCAGACAUGGCACUUUGCCCUGCAUCCUUUUCAGCUAGCGGCCGGGGCUCCGGAACAGAUCCCGGUCACAAAACAAGGUACAACUGUACAUCUAGCUCAGUAUCAGCUAGACCAGGAGUUGUCUUAUGUAGAUUUUUCAAUUUCGUUGUUCUCUAUGGGACAAUGACAAUAAAGAUGUAUUGUAUCGUAUCGUAUCGUAUCGUAUCGUAUCGUAUCGUCAACCUGGUCCCUACCGCCCACUAGUGGGCGUUUCAGGAUUCUAGGUGAGCGGUAGGGGGUUCUAUGGCACAAGCUCCUUCCAUUGAGCACUGGUGGGCGGUAGGAAAAUUUUACCAUCAAGAAAGAUGUAUUAGUGGGCAGUAGGUAUAAAAAGGUUGACUACCCUUGAGCUAGACUGACUAGUAACAAGUAGCUCUUUGUAGUUUCAGGCAAGAGUCUUUCCCCAGCUCUCCCUGGAGAUGUUAGGGGAUGAAUCUCAGAAUUUCAGCAUGCCAAGCUUAUGCUUUCCAUUUGAGCUAUAGUCCUUCCCUUAAUACUGGUUUACCUAUAAGAAGGACUCACGUGAUUAGCUCUUAAGGUGAGCAUAAGAAAGCAUGUCAUACAGCCUUGUUACUUAACUCCCAGAAUUAUCUUAACUUGCACAAAAUAAAUAAAUACCAAGUGGCUAGUAGAAUUUGCAGACUGGAAGAAUUUCCCCACCACCCUCCAGCAGCAUAGAAAAGGGGUCCUUUUCGUCCCUUCUGUUAAUAUUUACUGAAAUACUGUGCUACAUGGAAAUGCUUCCUCCGAUUUAUUAAUACAGGUGAAACUCGGAAAAUUAGAAUAUCGUGGAAAAGUUCAUUUAUUUCAGUAAUUCAACUUAAAAUGUGAAACUAAUAUAUGAGAUAGACUCAUGACAUGCAAAGUGAGAAAUGUCAAGCCUUUAUUUGUUAUAAUUGUGAUGAUCAUGGCGUACAGGCUGAUGAAAAUCCCAAAUUAACAAUCUCAGAAAAUUAGAAUAUUAAAUGAAAUCAGCAAAACAAGGAUUGCAAAUAGAGCAAUAUUGGACCUCUGAGAAGUAGAAGCAGAUUUCAAAUAUAAUUUCAGUGAAAGUUCAUGCUGGGAAAGUAACCACGGAUCCUAUAUGAAAAUGGUUUGUAAUUUUACCAAACUGCUCUCUUCUAGCACUCUUUGUGUCUUAUCAUACACGUAUAUAGUAAAGAAUGAUGUCAGUUGACUCACAUAAGCGGCCACAAGUUACAAACCAAACACAGUAAUGGGCACCUUGAUCAUCUAAACCCUUUUCAUGCUGUAGUGUUUUCCAGGCUGAUGGAGGAAGACACUUAAUGUUCAGGAGCUCCAGAUAUACAUUCUUGCAUUCUCUCUGCAUCAACAAGCGGCCUUUACUUGCUGCCUGAUAAAAAAAAAAGUGGAUGAAACGCACAGUAGCCCUGCGUUGUUUGCUACGUUAAUGCUGUAUCAUCAUUUGUUUCUGGAAUAUAUGAUAUUGAAAUAUGACUUUCUUCUAUAAGCAUUAACAUAUCCUAGUUGAUUAUUUGAAAUUUGGAAGGAAAAAAAUAUUAUUUGACUUCUCUGCUUGGGAUUUUCCUUUCAUAUACUGUAAUUACAGAAUUGGAGGGGUUUCCAAGGGUAAUCUAGUCCAACUCUCUGCUAAGUGCCCAACCAACCUCUGCUUAAAAACCUCCAAUGAAAGGAAGUCCACCACAUUCCGAGCUAGUCUGCCUCUCUGCCAAAUAGCUUUUACCAUCAGAAAGUUCUUCCUAAUGUUUAGUUGGAAUCUCCUUGCUUGUAAUUUGAAUCCAUUGAGGGCCUACCCUUUGGAGCAACAGAAAAGAAGCUUGCACUAUCUUCUUUGUGACAGCCCUUAAGAUAUUUGAAAAUGGCUGUCUUAUCUCCUCCCAGUCUCCUCCACUCCAGACUAAACAUACCCAACAACACCCUCAAUCAUUCCUCAUGAGGUUUGCAGAACAGCAAGAGUCUUGAUCCAGGUUGGGACUUCGGUUGGGGGAGGAUUACCUUAACAUUUUCUCCAUCACUGUUUCGUGUAGAAAAUCCCUCACACACCCCUCAGAAUCUGCUAUUUACUGUUUUCAUUUUUUGUUUGUUUGAUUUUUAAGUGGCAGAGAAUCUCAAUCAUAGGGCUUCAAAGAUGUGGUGAAUAUCAUGUAUACUUUGACCCUCUUUGGGCAAGUUACUUUAAGGCUCAAUUUCUGUUAAUCUGAAAGUGAGAAGUGAAAGAUUAUACUGUAAAAAUGAUUUCUCCCCUACCCCCCGCUUCCAUUGAUGCCGUUCUUCCAUCAAAGUUCAACCCUGCUGAUGUGGUACUGUGAAAUGGAUCAACUUUGUCAGGAACUUGACAAAGAAGCUGGUAAACUCAUCUUGGCUAUAACCUCAGCAGGAUAUACUCUUUUUUCCUUUUUUUCUUCAGGAGGGUAGCUUAAUUAAAUCAAGCCAAAGAUACAUACAGUACGGCAGGUGAAACCUGCAGCAGCAUAAACAGAUCAAUAAACCGAUUUGUGUUUGCUGACCAGAAGAGAUUUCUAAUUACUAGUGCUCUGUACUCCCCAUUUCUGAUGGCGUGGGAGUAAUUGAAAGCAUAAGAAAUCCAAUUCCCUCUUGUUUGGGAGUUUGUUUCUGUUUAGCUCCACUUAACUGGACUGGUAAUGCUGACUCGUCUGUCGAGGCUGAAGGUGGUAAUUUAUUUCCAGUUGUCUACUUGGGAUCCUAGUUCCUUAUUCAAGAGUUGCUUAAAUUUUUUAGUAGGAGUUUAUUUUUAGAGGUUUCAAUACACUGUGCACUAGCACAUUAAAGUAUAUAUGUGUGUGUAUUUAUUUAUAUCUGCCUAAAAGCACACAUGUGCCCCAGACUUCCUGCUUCCAUUCUGUCUGCAUCCUGUAUCAAAAAGAGAACGAAAACUUUGCUGAUAAAUAACUGUAAGCAGCACCAAAGGGGGAAUUAUCCUCCAAUUUGUGAACCUAUGGAAAUACUGUAUAUUCUGUAUUGUUGUAUAAUAUCUAGGAUUUAUUGCAUGGAGAAUCAAAUAAUAUUAUUAUUACUGUUGUUUUUGUUGUUAUUUAAUCUAUACGCUGCUUACAUGCCAAAAUGGCUUCUAAGUGGUUUGCAACUAUAAAAUCAGAAUCAAAACACACAAUAACAUUAAAAGAUCCAUAAUUAAAAUAUACAAUAAAACAAACAAUUAAAAAAGCAUAAUGAAAACCGUGAAAACCCAUUUCAGGAGAUAUGGGAGAUAGUCCAGCAAGAUUCUUAAUACAUGUGAAAGUGUUCACACACACCAAAACUGUUUUUUAAAACUAUUGAUUUAGCAUGUUUAGAACCUUUCUGAAGUUUUGUCAGAGUGCAAAUACUGAAAACCCAAGUAUUAGUAAAUGCCUUUUGACUUUUCACACAAAACUUAAUUAAGAGAUGUAGCAGUAUGGUUGCUCAUUAAUCAUACAUUUGCUGCCCCUGUAGUUCUGCUGCCCUGCAAUCCAUUAGUCUCCAGCCAUGUACGUGCCAAUGUACAUCAGCAUCUGUGGCUUCUUUCACUGCUCUGGGUGAAGGGCAAGGCAAGUUAUGUGGUUCCUUCCACUUGCCAGAGCAAAUGUGGUAGGAAUGCACACUUAUUUAAAACAAGACUGCUUGCACAUUGACAUUCUUAGGGAUGGUCUGUUUGUUACCAACAUUGGAAUUAAUGCUUUCUUCUCUCCCCACCCCGUUUCUUUAUAAUUUUCAGCCAUGGCCCAGCGUGUCCAAUCUUGCUAAGGAUUUCAUUGACCGUCUGCUCACAGUGGAUCCUAGUGACCGAAUGACAGCUCUUCAAGCCUUAAAGCACCCCUGGGUGGUCAGCAUGGCUGCCUCUUCUUCCAUGAAGAACCUGCACCGCUCCAUAUCUCAGAACCUCCUCAAGAGGGCAUCAUCUCGUUGCCAAAGCACCAAGUCAGCCCAGUCCACCCGCUCCAGCCGCUCCACUAAGUCCAAUAAGUCCCGGCGGGUACGGGAGCGGGAACUGCGAGAGCUGAACUUGCGCUACCAGCAGCAGUACAAUGGCUGACAACUCAGCAGGAGGCUGCCUGGCUUGUUCUUUCUUUGUCAUUGGGACAUGUUCUGCACUGUGUUCACUAAAGUGAGGGGGCCCCAAGCUCCAGCCCUCUUCUCUCAAAGCCC